ACUCCUCACCUUUUCCGUUCUUCACUACUCUACUGCUACUACUACUACUCACCCUCUUCCGUUAACCCAAUGGAGUACGACGAUGAUUCCAAUUAUUCCUCCUCCUCCUCCUCCUCGUCCUCCUCCUCCUCCUCCUCCGUGGACCAUCUCAUUGUCAUGGUAAAUGGAACGGGUGGAAGUGCAAAAGAUUGGAUGUUUGCGACAGAGCAAUUUGUUACAGUGUUCCCGGAUAAGGUUUUUGUUCACCGUAGCAAACAGAAUGUAGGUAAGCUGGCAAAAGAUGGUGUGGACAUAAUGGGUGAGCGAUUGGCAAGAGAGGUCAUUGAAGUAAUUGAAAGAAAGUCAAAUCUGCGUAAAAUCUCCUUUUUAGCAUACUCGGUUGGAGGACUGGUGGCACGAUAUGCGAUUGGGCGGUUGCAUAAGACACCUGAAAUUGAACCUAUGCAGAACUCGAGCAAUGCUGAGAGUAACGCGGACUCAGUUGGUACAAUAUGCGGUUUACGGGCGAUGAAUUUCAUAACACUUGCCACACCUCAUCUAGGGUUAAGUGGCCAUAAGCAGUUGCCAAUUCUUUUUGGAAAAACUAAACUUGAGAAAAUUGCAAGAAAGAUUGCUUCUUGGACAGAUGGAAAAACAGGCCGUCAUCUUUUCCUUACUGAUGGCACUGAGCAAAAAGAUCCCUUGCUCCUAAGCAUGGUUACUGACUCUAAUCAAUGUUAUUUCAUAUCUGCAUUGCGUGCUUUCAAACGCCGGGUUGUAUAUGCAAAUGUGAUCAAUGACCAUGUUGUUGGUUGGAGAACCGCGUCCAUUAGAGGUGAUAUUGCACGCAAACAAUGGGACGGUAUCCACAAUGAAUAUCCACAUGUUGUGUACGAAGAGGAUUGCCAAGCUUGCGACCCAGUGGAAAAUAAUAGAUCUUAUGAUAUACAAGAGGAGAUGCUAAAAGGUUUGUCGUCCGUGGCAUGGGAAAAAGUGGAUGUCAGCUUCAACAAUGGCCUUGUUAAGUUUGAAGCUCAUAGCCUCAUCCAGGUCACACAUCCAUCCAGACAUAUAGAAGGCGCGGAUGUGAUCCAACAUAUGAUUGACCAUUUUCUUACCUAGUUUUUUGUUUCUAUAAUUCCUAAAAGAACCUGUUUAACUAGUUGUAUCUUAUGGACGUCAUUUAAAAGAACUUGUUUGACUAGUUGUGUAUCUUAUGAACAUGAUAGCUUUGGUUGUGUGUGAUAUUCACUAGUAUUUGGUUAUGCAUGUACAGAGUAAACAAUAUAAAUUUUCU